AUGGGAGGGAAAACUGAAACGACUCGACAGUUUCCAAAAUUUUGCCCUCUUCUCCUUGCCUGCAUAGCUGAUAGAGAUAUUGAUAGCUCAGCUUGCUCGCCAAUCGCCAACACCCAACAGCAUGGCGAAUAAGAAAAGAAGAGUUCCGGAUGUUCUUUGGAGGGUAUUCCGGAACCGAGCACGUACACUUUCCGACACGAUCAAGUCCCUCCUUCCUCCUCCGCCUCCUUCGGCGGCGCAUUGUCUUUGCAAUGGCCGGCGCUGCCUUGGUUGCAGUGGCGCUAACGCAAUGGAGUUUCUUCUUAGACCUACCGAUACCUCCGAUUACCGGAAGCUCCUCAAGCAUUGCUUUGUCGUCAUCGAUGAAAAUGCGCCUUCGUUCUCCGUCUUCGAUCCUCACCACCGGUGGUCCCAGAUUCAGAUUGUUAGAAGAACUAUUGAAUCAAUGAGGUCUGAGAAAUCCACUUCAUCUAACAUAUUGUGCUGUGGCAAUGAUAAGAUGAGCUUCUCAAGUGUUAUGUAUGUGGAAGAGCUUUUGACAUCCUCAGCAUGGUGCCUUUUAUUAAGAAGGAUUGGGGAUGCCCUUAUGGUUUACUUACUAAGGAAUGCUUCGAUAUUUUUGCCCCUUUCUCAAAAGAAACUCCAUCAAGUUGCAGGUUUUCCUAUCACUGAUUUGUGCUUUUCAUCCUCCAUUCAUACCACCUUCGGCAGUGGAAAGAGAAAAAGAUUCCAUGACAUGCAGUCAAUGCCAGUGAAGCAGCAAUGCCCUAGGCAAAGGUGUAUUGAAGAGGAGUCAUCUAAAGGGACUUUGACAUCCAGUGGAGAUAAUUGCACUAACAAAGGAGUGCAUUUGCUUUCUGUUAGCCAAGGUUCCUUAAACCAAGAUGUUUCAUUGAACAGGAAACGGAGAAGACUUCAUAGUUGGCAACGCCAGAGAAAACGUCAGCAGUUGCCAUUUCAAGAAACCAAUUCCUUGACCACUUGCAGAAAUUCAAUGGAGAAAGGAGACUUACCUGUUACGCUUCAACAUGAAAUAAAUGUCGGUAUAACAGGGUGGUGCUCUUGUUGCCUAGCAUUUUCUGCUCCAUUGAAUGUCACAGAGGAUGCAAUAAUCAAUACGAGAACCAUGUUCUACAAAUUGGAGAGCUGUUCAUCUGUCUUUCCCAGAAAACACAUACUGAAUUCCUUGAAGCCCAACUCUUCUGGUGCAAAUGAUCUCUUCAAGGAAAUUUUCGGAUCUUAUAGUAAGAUCAAUGGUCAAAUUUCGCCUUGCCUACAUAGCACUAACUGCUGUUUCAUCAGAUCAACAUGCUUAUAUCACUCACUUACUCGGCUGUUGAAAGCUCUCAUACGUAAGGCUCAGCACUGUCAACACUUAAGGUUAUUGGAGAAGCACUGUCCUGUUCCAUCAUUUGAUGAAGAUGGCAAAAGAGUUUCCUGCUCUGAUUAUCAGGUGAAUUUAUGUGCAAAAGGUUGUACUGCGUAUGCGCUUGGUGAUGAAUUUCCAGAACAUUGUUUUAGUUCGAAAGGUUCUGAAAGCCCUGAAGCCCAGCAUUCUCAAUUAAGACCAAGUAAAUGUUAUUCUCUGAAGAAACAGGUUGUAUCAUUUGUUUGGGCAGUUUGCCGGAGUAUUGUGCCUCUAGAUUUAUUAGGAACUCCUUCCAAUUGGCGAAUACUGAGGAAGAAUAUUUCCAAGUUCAUUCAGAUGCGCAGAUUUGAGAAGUUCUCUCUUAAUCAGUGUAUGCAUAAAGUAAAAAUAUCUAGGUUCCCCCUUUUAUCAAAUAAAUAUAACUCAAAUUCUCAUGGAUUAAGAUCUACAAAUGGUUGCUUCACAGAUAUGUAUAAAGAAUGUGGUGGACCUGGUGCCUUAGAUAUUGUGAAACAUAAAGUUCUAGAGUGUUGGAUGUUUUGGUUCUUUUCAUGUCUUGUAGUGCCACUAGUGCAAGCCCACUUUUAUGUAACUGAAACUGAGCAUGAGAAUCAAGAGAUCCUUUAUUAUCGGAAGUCCAUUUGGAAGCAGGUGAAGGUUGAAGCUAUGACUUGCUUAAAAGAUCAGCAGUUCCUAGAAUUAAACGUCGCCUCUGCCCAGAAAAUUUUGAAGAGCAGAUCGUUUGGUUUCUCGAAGGUUAGAUUUCUUCCAAAAAAAGAUGGGUUAAGGAUAUUGGAAAAUCUUAAAGCAUCAUCAAGAAUGCCUGUGAAGUUGUCUUCUCAAUCUUGUGAGCAGAGGAAGGUUUCUCUCCUGAGAAAUAUCAAAUAUGACUAUUUUAGGUCGGUAAAUUGUGCUCUUCGUGGUUUGCAUGCAGUGUUAAAAGGAAUACAAACAAAAGAACCUGCGAAACUGGGUUCAUCGGUAUUUAAUUAUAAUGAUGUCUACAAUAAACUUGUUCCUUUCUUGUUGAUUCUGAAGAAUGGUUCUGCCACAGCACCUGAUGUAUUCAUCGUUGUAUCAGAUGUAGCUAAAGCUUUUGACUCAAUAAACCAGGAUAAAUUGCUCACUGUGAUGGAGGAUUUUAUAUCAGAUAAUGAAUAUAUUUUAGCAAAAACCAUUGAAGUUGUGUGCACAAAGAAAUCUUUGUGGAUCAAUCAGCACCUUGCUCUUUCACAUGAAAGUAGCACAUCUUCUCUUGCUGCUCGUCCAUUUCAUGGCAUUCUUGUGAAACAGGAAAAAGGCAGAAAAGUAAUGAAAGAUGAGCUUACUUUUUACUUAAAGGAGCACAUAAAACAUAAUGUGCUACACAUGGAUAACAAAUUCUACUUGCAAGGCCUUGGCAUACCCCAAGGAAGUGUUUUGUCUUCUCUGCUAUGCUCACUAUACUAUGGAUACCUUGAAAAGAACUUGAUUAUUCCUUUUCUUAAGAAAGCUUGUAAGCCUACCAGUAGGUAUCAAUCUGGAAUAGAAACUUUUCAGGAUGCUGCAGCUGCAGAAUGUGGUAAUGGAGAUAAAUUUGUAGUAGAUACCCCUAAAUAUCUUCUGCUUAGGUUCAUAGAUGACUUCCUUUUCAUAUCAACCUCAAAGUUCCAAGCUUCUAGUUUCCUCACCCGACUGCAAAGAGGAUUUCGCGAAUUCAACUGCUACAUGAAUGAAGAAAAAUUUGGACUAAACUUUGACAUCAAUCAUCUAUCAGGUUUGCAAUCUAGUAAACUGUAUGUUGGAGAUGAUGGAAUCUCAUUUCUUAGAUGGAGUGGAUUAUUUGUUAACUGUCGCACUUUGGAAAUUCAGGCAGAUUAUACGAGGUAUUUGAAUAUCCAUUUGAGUUCCACCCUAACUAUCAGCUGGCAAGGUAAACCAGUUCGAGAGUUGAAAUCUAAGUUGUGUUGCUAUCUGCGCCCCAAGUGUCAUCGCAUAUUCUAUGAUUCAAACAUAAACUCAGCAGCUGUGGUGAGACUCAACAUUUACCAGUCUUUCUUGCUUUGUGCCAUGAAGUUCCAUUGCUACAUCUCUGGUCUGGCUAGCAUUGUAAGACUAAGCACUAACUCGUAUAUUGAUGUCCUGGAGACUUCUUUGAGGUACAUGAAGAAGCUGAUAAAGAAAAGGAUGGAGCUUAAUUCUGGUAUUCAGCCUGUACUGGAGGUGGAGAAGUGGGAAAUUGAGUGGCUUGGAUUGAUUGCUUAUAUCAGAGUAUUGAACAAGAAACAAUCGCGAUAUAGGGCAUUACUGCCUUUACUAAGAUCUAAGUUGAUUGCAGUUAGAAACUCAGAAUGUGUGUCUUCUGCUCUCAAGUAUGCCACUGAUGAUGUGCACUCAUCUGUGCUUUGGAAGAUUAGGUACUGAUUUAAAGUUUCUCUGCCCUCUCCUUCACUGCUUUUGUAGUGUCAAGUCAUAAUUCUUCAAAGACUAGUUUUAUUUGUUGCCAGAUGAUGUCAAAGGCAAGUAUUCAUUCUCAGUUGAACAUGUUCAUUGCCAAGUUCUUUUGGGAUGUUUUAUUGUUUGUGACUUUGUGACAUUAUAUUUUAUCAUUGUACUCUCUGCUCUCACCUUGUACUGUGAUAUUAAUGUGCCAGGGAAUGAUCUUAAACU